GGGUUCGAGAAGUUGCAGGGGUUCUCUGUGAAAGCGGUUGCUGGACAGGUUGGCGGAGGAGGAAGAGAAGAAGGAUGGGGAGGAUUAACUAUUGGGUGGACAGGAUUACUUUGAUUUCCUCUUACGCCACACGCGGUGGGUUCGAUGCCGCACGCGCCGAUUCUCCUUCCUGCAACUCCAGCUUCUGCAACUCUCCCCCAAGACAAGACAAGACAAGACUCAAGACUCACGACUCACGACGUGUUUUACGACUUUUCUUCCUCUCCUUGCAUCUCUUCCCUCUCACCCACUCACCCGUCAACGCCAAAUUCCCCGUGACCCGCGCGACGUCGCGAUGCCUCCCAAGGACAAAUCCGCGCCGGAAGCAUCGUCUUCCCAGGAGAUCACCGGCCAGAGCGCCCUCCCCAUCUCCCGCAUCAAAAAGAUUAUCCAGCUCGACGACGACAUCGUACAAUGCUCGAGCAACGCUACGUUUGUGAUCGCGAUGGCUACGGAACUCUUCAUCCAAUACCUUACCGAACAAGGGCACAACGUCGUCAAAUCAGAACGGAAGCCGCGCAAGCUCAUUCAAUACAAGGACCUGGCUACGGCCGUGUCGCGAAUCGACAACCUCGAAUUCCUCUCCGACGUGAUCCCCAAGACCACGACCUAUAAACAGUUCAAGGAGAAGCGGGCCAAGGAGGCCACCAGGGACGCCGCCCCGGAGAAGGGCCAGCGCACGUUGAACGGGUCUUUGCCCCCGACCGUUGAAGAGAAGGCGGAUACGGAGGAUGAGCAGGACGGUCUACAGUCGGAGGUGCCGCGGGGGUCUCGACCGCCGACGGUGACGAUGAUGGUGGAUCGGACGGUGGAAGCGUCUGGGGGGGACCAGGACGUGGAAAUGACGGACCAGUAGGUUAUAGUAUACUAGUGUAUCUGCAUGGAGGAGUUCUGGGGGUUUUGCUGCAUUUAUGGUUUACUGGGGUUGGUUGCAUUGGAUUUGGAUAUAUGUCUGGGGGAGGGUAAUGAGAUGCAAAAUUA